AUGUCGUAUGAUGAUUAUUAUAACUAUUUUGAUAUCGAAGGGUGUAACUAACAAAUAGAUAUAGAAUAAUUGGGACAAUUUGAUAGAGAACAAUAAAAUUGUAAUUUAAAUGAUUAUUUAAGCUUAAAAUGGGCAAUAGUUUAUUUAAAUACUCGAUCCCAAUAAUAUUGAAGAUUCAGGAUUUGUGUUUUUGUUGUAAGAAGCAAGCACUUCCCAAUUAGAAGAAGCUAUGUUGUAAGAUGUUUCCAUGUUUUUUAAUCGAGAGGCUAAGCUUUUUAAUUACCUUGCUAAUUUAUUUUAAUUGACAGAUUUAGAUAUGCAAGGUACAUCAUCAUAUACAAUAUUAAUUAGGUGCCCCUGAAUAUACUAAUUAAUUAACUAAGUUAUUGAAGAUGUUCUUCCAAAUUCAUGAAAUUGGAUAGCAUUCAGAUUUUUCAUAUUAAUUAGCAUAAUAAUAUGGUUUAAAAGAUUUUAGGACAGGAUAUCCAUUUGGAUUUAUUAUUAAUAGUGAUCAAUCAUUAAUACUUCUCUUAUUGAAGAUUAUAUUAAGUGAAGAGAACCUUAAUAAAGAAAAUGAUUUCUUCUCUUAAAUUAGAAUGUAUUUGCCAAGAUAUUUAAUAUUUUCUAUAAAUCCACCAAAACCAUUUGUAAGUAGAACAUAAGUCAGAUCAUUACAAAAUUCUAUAAUUAACAAAAUCAAUUAUGAACUUUUUGAUACUAAUUUUGCAAAACCUUACAAAUUAGAUUUGUUAGCAUUAUCAUAUUUCUCAGAUCCAGGAUUAAAUUUUUAAUUGUUCAAAGAAACAAUUGAAAUACUCAGAUCUACUCUUGAGAGGUAAUUCUAUUUAAUAUAUUAAAUAGUCUUUUGGAGUAGAAGAAUACUUAAUAAGACAUAAAUCGUGAAAUCCAAAAUCUAUUAUAAUUUUUUUUGGCAUUUACAACAAAUUAGGAAAUAUUGAAAUCCUUUUUUUAAAUUAAUUUUCAUAAGACACUUUAUAAUAAUCUAAGAUAAUGUUAAAUUAUAUUUGGAUGUAAUAAUCCACCACUAUGGUCUAAAGAACCUAUAAUAAUAGAAUAAAUAGUAAGUUUGAUAGUAAGAAUUCUAAGUUUUGAAUAAGUUGAUAAAUAAUUUAUAGAUAUUUUGCAUGAAGAUUUCAUGUUAUUAUUGUAACACUAAAAAUUAGAUCUUAUAUACAAAGUCUUAUUGCCAAUAUUAAAUAGUGAAUAAGUGAAAUUAGUAGCUGUUUGUUUUCAUCCAAAAUUGAGUGUAUCUGAAAGUAAAGCUGAAACUGAGAAAUUCUUAUCAAAUUAAACUAAAACUAUGGCAGGAUCAACAACUUUAGUAACUGAACUCCUUACUAAAAAUUAAUGUGAUAAAAUAACAUAAUUAGUAUAAGAGAAUUUAAAUAAAAGUAUUUAAAAAUAAUAAUAAUAAUAAAAUGUAAAUAAAAUUUAAAUUGAAAAAUAAUAAAUGGAAUUAGAAUAUAAUGAUUAAGCAAUGUAUGAUCUAUUUUCAGAUGAAUUUUAAAUAGAAAAGAUAUAAUUUGCACCUCUUAAUUUAAUUUAAUAACAAUAGGUAAUACCUGUUCAAUAAAAUAUAAUAAAUGAAAAUUAAAGAUAAAUUAUAGGUUCUUGGAUUCAUUUACAUUCAUUUAGUCCAUUUAAUCCUCAUUUUGAUUCUUAAAUUUUAACAAAAGUUUUAGAUAAUAGAACUAAUGUUUUAUUUAUUUUUGAAAUGAUGGUAGGUUAAGAGAAUGUUAAACUUGUAUGUUUUGUUAAUCAUUUAAUUUAAGAUGGAAGGAGAUAAAAUUAUGUAUAAGCAAGAUCAAAUGAAUCAUCAUUUUAUUUGAUGAUGGUUUAAGAUGAACAUUUUUGGUAUGUAAAUGCAUUAGAUGGGAAACCUCAUGUAUUAUUAGAUAUAUAAUAACACAUGGUUUAAAUUAGUCAUCAUAAUGAACCUAUUGCAUGUAUAAACUUUUCAGAUUUUUAAUAAAGCAAAUUUGGAUUUCCAUUUAAAAAAUUAUAAGAGAAAACACUUUUAAUGGAUCAAAUUAAUGCUGCAUUAUAGGGUUUAGAAUGUUAUUUGUUAUAGAUAGCAAUAUAUACUUUUGAUGUUAAUAAAGAUAAUUUAUUUGAAGAUGAUGUUUAAUCAUUAAAAAAGAAAUAUGAGAAAUAGAUGAAUUAUUAUUAUUCUUAAUUAAGAAUGUAGACUAUUUAAUUUAUUCCUAAUACAAUAACUGGAUAAGAUUUAAGUUAAUUUUUAAAUGAAAAUAUAGAAAUUGAUUAAUUAAAGGAGAAUUCAAUUAAUGAUAUUGAUGUAAUUAAACCAGUUACUUAAUAAAUAUAGAUUAAAAGUAAAUAAUAGAAAUCAUUAUUAACUUAUUUUGAAUAAAAGAUAGGUGGUAUAUUUAUGAUAUUGGAUUAUGUUAAGAAAUAUUUAGAUAUAGUUUAAGCAAGUAAAUAAUAUAAAGAUUUGAUAUUUGAAUUAACAAUUUUAUGUUAGAUUGAAGGAUUUUAAGAAAUGAUUUUACAAAGUGAAGGAUUCUUAUAAUAAUUAUUAGCAUUAGCUUAUUUAAAUAAGAAAUAAGAAUGCAAAGAGAUAUAUUAAAAAAUUAAUUCUUUAAUUUAUUCAUAAUUAGUUUAAUUAAUAUAAGAAAAACCAUUUCUUAAAAUAGUAAUGUUAUUAGAACAUAAAUUAUUAGAAAAGAUAGUAAAUAAGACAGAAUAAUAAUUAAAUUUAAUAAAUCAAAAUACUCAACCAUAAGCAUAAGUGAAAUUUGAAUAACCAAAGAUGUAAUUUUUUAAGAAACAAUCAGUUAAUUAAGGAAAACCUAAGGGUAUUGGAUAUGGAGAUAUAGAAUAUAAGGGAUUCAAAUAUAUUAAUGAAUAAUAAUAAUUUAAUUAAAAACAAUAAAAAGAAUAAUAAGAAGGAAUUAUUAAUUAAUUAGAUAAAAAAUAGAAUAAUCAAGAUAUAAAUUUAGAAAAUCUAUUAAAUUGUUUAAUUUAAUUAUUAGAUCUUGAAUUUAUUAAUGUAAGAGUAUUAGAAUCUAUUCAAUAAUCAAAUAUUAUGAAUCUAUUAAGUAAAUAUUUAUAGAAUGUUAAUAUAACAACAUUGGAAGGUUCAAAAACAUUUAAUAAAAUAUUAUAGAUAAUUGAAUGUUUAGCAUAAAGAGAAUUAACAUUAUAAUUAUUUAUAUCAAAAGAAAAUACAUGUUUAUUUAGAUAAUUGGAAUCAUUUAAUUAAUAAGUAAUAAUAUUUAUCAAAACAUUUAAUUCAAAAAUAGAAGAACUAAAUAAAUUUAUGAAAUUGUAUCAAUAUGUGGAAAAUUGUUUAUAUGCUGCAAAAUUAAUAACAAUAAAAUAUUUAUCUUAAGGUUAAUAAAAUGAUAUAGAUGUUAAUAUUAAUAUGCAUUAAUUUUAUAGACCAUUUAUGAAAAAAUUAGCUGUUGGUAAAUGUGAAAUAAAGACUGAUGCAGAUUAUUUAUUACAUAUGAAAGAAUAUUAUUAAUAAACUAACAAUCCAUCAUAAAAUAAAAUGUAGAAAUUAAUCUCUGAAAUUACAACAAUAGAAGAAAAUCUACCCCUUGAAGCUACCAAUUCCAUCUUUUUAAGAUAUGAUAAUGAUAGAAUGGAUUGUAUGAGAACUAUUAUAUUUGGUGCUAGUGGUACACCUUAUGCUCAUGGAGCAUUCUUAUAUGAUAUGUUUUUUGGUGAUGAUUAUCCAUAAAGACCUCCAAAAAUGAAAUUAGCAACAACUGGACAUGGUAAAGUAAGAUUUAAUCCAAAUCUAUAUAAUUGUGGAAAAGUUUGUUUAAGUUUAUUAGGUACUUGGGGUGAUAAUUGGAUUGCUAAUUUCUCUACUAUCUUAUAAAUAUUAGUUUCUGUUUAAUCUAUGGUAAUGAGUGAAUAUGUAAUGUUUAAUGAACCAGGAUGGGAAUCUUAAAUGGGAACACCAAAUGGUGAAUAAGCUAAUAGAGGAUAUUGCAAUUUCAUUAAAAUAUAGAAUAUUAGAUAUGCUAUGAUAGAAUAAUUAUAAAAUCCACCUAAAGGAUUUGAAGAAGUAAUAAAGAAAAGUUUUUAUUUACGUAAAGAUUUGAUAAUGAAAGAGAUUGAAUAAUGGAUAGAAUAAGCUAAUUUACCAGCUACCUAUAAUCAAACUUAGAAUCAAUGUACUUAUACUUAAUAACCAUUACUUUAUAAAUAAGAUUUAAUUAAAAUAUAUGAAGAAUUAAAAGUAGAAUUAGAGAAAUUGAAAUUUAAUAUUGGAAAGGAUUUCUAGACUAUAUCAAAUGAAAAAAAGAAAGAAAUUAUUUUUAAUUUAGAUAAUAUUUAACCAUAAAAAUAAUAUUAAAUAAUGAAUAAAAAAGUAAUGCCUUAAGGUUUGAAUAUCAAUGAGAUUGAUAUUAGUUAUAAUAAUAAUGUAUAAUAAAGAUAAUUUGAUUCAAAUGAUCAGAAUCUAUAAAAUUUGAUGAGUAGAUAUAUUGGAGUUGUUGGUUUAGAUGCAGUAAAGAAAUAAAGUGAAUCUACUAUUUUUAUACAUAUAUUAAAUGGUUUAGGUAUUGAAAUAGCAAAGAAUAUAGUAUUAUCAGGUGUAAAAAGAUUAAUUCUAUUUGAUCCUUAAUUAGUUUAGAUGAGUGAUUUAGGUAGUAAUUUUUAUUUAACAGAAUAAGAUAUAAAUAAGAGAAGAGAUUUUGGUAUAUUAAAUAAAUUAAAACAUCUAAAUCCAUAUGUGAAAAUUGAUGUUCUUGAAAAUAAUUUAGAUGAAUUAAAUUUAGAUGAAAUUUAAGUAUUUGUUACUUAAGAUCCAACUAUUGCAAGUAUAGCAUCUAAUUAAAAUAAACAUGCAGUUGUUUUAGCAUAAACUAGAAAUAUAUUUGUAAGAAUUAUAACUGAUUUUGGUAAUGAAUUUACAAUUGUUGAUAAAGAUGGUGAAUAAUUAUCAGAAGUUAAUAUUGAAAAUAUAUCUAAUAAUGUUGUUACUAUAUUUAAGAAUUAAAAUCAUAAUCUAACUGAAAAUGAUUUAGUAUUAAUUUAAGAAGUUAAAUAAGAAUAAGGAAUUGGAGAAAGUUAUAAUUAAGUAUUUUAAAUUAAAAAUGUUAAAAGAUAAUCAUUUGAAUUAGUCACAAAUAGAUAAUUUACUAAAUAUCUUAGUCAUGGUGUAGCUUAUUAAUAAAAAUAACCUAUUAAAUUAUAAUUUGAUAGAAUUUAAAAGGUGAUAAGUUCAUUGGAUCAUUAUUGUGAUAAUAUUGGAACAUUUGAUGGAAUUGAUAAAAUUAAAAGAGAUAUUAUUCAUUUCUGUAUGAAUACAACAUCAAAUGAUUUAUUAACAAAUAAUUGGGAUAUUGAUAAAAUUAAAAUGUUUAUUAUUUCAAUUAGAUAAUAAAAUCUAAGAGAAAUAUUAAAUUUUAGAUAUCAAGAAGAUGUACUAUUUAAAUAUUAAGAAGAAUUAUUAUCAUUAUUAACAUUAUUAUCAAUCAAUACACAAUUCUAACCUUUAUGUGCUUUAGUUGGUGGUAUGGCAGCAUAAGAAGUUUUAAAAGCAAUAAAUAAAAAAUAUACUCCAAUUCAUUAAGCAUAUGUUUAAUCAUUUGAAGAUAUACUUCCAUUUAAAUUAAAAGAAUUCAAUUUUGCACAAAUUGGACUAUCCAAUAAUUUAGAAAUUAAUAUUAAUAAAUAUUAAGAAUGUAUGUAGAAAUUUGGAUUCAAAUAGAAUUUCAAUACAAGAUAUAAUGAUUUAGAAAAUACUAUUGGAAAUACCUAAAAAAUAUUUAAUGCUGAAGUCUUUGUAGUAGGAGCAGGAGCCAUUGGUUGUGAAUUGCUUAAAAAUUAUGCUAUGUUAGGUAUUAGUAAAUCUGGGAAAAUAUAUGUUACAGAUCCAGACAUAAUAGAAAAUUCAAAUCUAAGUCGUUAAUUUCUAUUUAGAGAAAAACAUAUUAGAAAACCUAAAAGUUUAACAGCAGCUGCUGUUGUUAAAUAAAUGAAUCCAGAUAUCAAUAUAGUGGCAAGAUUAGAUAAAGUAUGUCAAGAAACAUAAGAUAUCUAUAAUAAUUACUUUUAUACAUAAAUGAAUUGUGUAACAAAUGCUUUGGAUAAUGUAUAAGCUAGAUUAUUUAUUGAUUCUAAAUGUGUUGAAAAUAAAGUAUCAUUAAUUGAAAGUGGAACCUUGGGACCUAAAGGACAUGUAUAAUCUAUUAUACCUGAUGUAACUGAAAGUUAUGCAAGUAAAUAAGAUCCAGAAUAAAACAAUGAUAUACCUUAUUGUACUUUAAGAAUGUUUCCAGAAUCUAAUAUUCAUUGUUUAGAAUGGGCUCGUGAUAAAUUUGAAUAAUACUUCUUUAGAAAACCAUAAGCUUUGGUGUAAUUAAUGUAAGAUCCUUCUCCUUAAUAAUAAACAGUUGAUUUAGCUAUUAAAGUAUUAAAGAAGUAUCCUACUACAUUUUAAUAAUGUGUACAAAUGGGUAGAUUGAAAUUCUAGAAACUCUUUAAUCAUGAUAUUAUUGCCUUAAUGAAUGCUUAUCCUUUAAAUUCCCUUACCAAAGAAGGCAAAUUAUUCUGGGCUCCUCCCAAGAGACCUCCUAAACCUAUAGAAUUCAAUAGUGAAUUUGCAUUUAAAUUUGUUGAAGAUUUUGCUUUAUUAACAGCAUAAAUCUAUAAUAUUGGCAUACCUAGAUAAUAUGAUAUAAAUAAAUUAAUAUAGAAUGUUUAGAUUCCUAAAAUGAAUAUAAAAAAAAAUAAGAUUCAAGAAAUAGUUGAGAAAUAAGAUAAAAAUAAUUAAUUAUAAUAGAUGGAAGAGGAAGUUAAAAAUUAUGAUCAACUUAUUAAAGAAGCAAGAUAAUUAUUGAGUAAUGUAAAACCAAUAUUACCAUAACCUUAACAAUUUGAAAAAGAUGAUGAUACUAAUCAUCAUGUAUCAUUUAUAACUGCUGCUACAAAUGGUAGAGCAAUUAAUUAUGGUAUUUAAUAGGUUGAUUGGAUGUGGACUAAAUUAAAAGCAGGAAGAGUAAUAUAUAUAUUCUAAUUAUUAUUAGAUUAUUCCAGCUAUGGCUACUACUACUUCUUGUAUUGCUGCUCUAUAAACUUUGGAAUUGAUUAAAAUACUGUAGAAUUCAACUUAGUAUAGAAAUACAUUCUUAAAUCUUGCCAUUCCAUUUAUGAUGUAGAGUGAACCAGGAGAAGUUGAUAAAGUAAUAUAAAUUAUAUAUAUAUUUAGUUUUAAUUAAAAAAUGGAUUAAAUAUUUCAAUAUGGACUAAAUUGAAUUUAAAGAUAAAGAGAUUAACAGAACCAUUAUAAUACAUAGUGAAUAAAAUAGAAGAGAUGAUAGGAGAUGAAAUUAAUAGUCUUUAAUAAGGAGCAAAAGUAUUCUAUAUGAAAUAGAUGUUACCUAAAGAUGAAGAAGAAAAAUACAAUUUUAUCAAUACUCCAAUUUAUCAAUGCAUAUAAGUAUCUUAUUUUAUAUAUAUAAAUUAGUUUAUUAAUGAUUCAUCAUAAAUAAAUGUACAAAUAAAUGACAAUAAAUCGUUAGUAGUGCUAAUCACUUUGGUUUGA